GGUAAUUUCACGAUGCUGGUUUUUAGGCUGCGAGGGCACUACAUUUGGAUUGACAUCGGAAAGUGGAGCCGAAGGUGCGCUGAGGAUGUGCUAUCGCGAACUCUCAACACCUCCACACGUUCAUCACGCCACCUACCCCGUUUGUGACUAGUUCCGCUUAUGUAAGUUCACGUGGAUGCGGGGGAAUCUGGAGCCGCUGCCCGCUAACGCAGGCCCCCUUGCGCACAACACAGCAGCCGCCGCCCGCGACAAGUCACCGCGCGCCACUCCACGUUCAACAUGUUGGUCUUCCCUGAGGAUGACGAGGACAAGAGUGCGGAAUGCAAAAAUGACCGCCUCGGCGUUCUACCGGAUGAGCUCUUGCUGCAAGUCUUCGAGACGCUUGCACAGCUCGGCACGCGAAAAGACCUCUGCAACGUGUCACGACUGAACAAAAGGUACCAUCGCCUGAGCGACGCGACACUGUACAAGCAGGUGCUUUUCCAAACCCCGGAGCUUCACCUGACCUUCAGCGAAUCACUCAGUCGCCGCCCACGCCGUGGAUCCGCCAUCAAUGAAGUCACAUUGGCAUACCCGUCAUCCGAGCUCUCCCAAUUGGCGCUUGGUGCCCAUGUACCUGGUUCCUACAUCCAUCCAUCCCGAUUCGAUGGCCUGUCACGUACGCUUUCUAUCAUGUCAAAUCUAGAGAAGCUUGACAUCGCUGUUCCUAGCGACUUACUGCAUGGCAUCGGAUCCCUAUUCAACGGCCCAUUCGAUUUGUCAUGCCUCAAGUCAUGCAAAUUAUUUUAUCAAUGCCCCAAUGACGAGUACUGGGAUCUUCGCGAGAACAUUCAUAUCUUUGCGCACCCUGAGCUUGAAGAGCUGACCCUUCGACGUGCCAAAUUUGAUGAGCAGGGGUUCAAUUUCCUAGAGCGCCCUCACGAAACAGCACUGAAGAAGCUACAUCUGAUCGAAUGCGACAUCAAUGACGACGGUCUUGGGGAUCUCCUCGAGCUUCCUGAAGCGCUUGAGGAGUUUGUGAUGACACAUCAAGAGGAGCCAGAGCCAGAGCUCGAGGAAAGCUCCGACAGCGUAGCCGAUUACAUCCAAGCGCUCAAAUCCCAAAGCGAAUCACUAAUAAGCAUCACAAUCGACUCUCCAUCCAUGACAAGCCGGAAAGUAUUAAGGAUGAGGGAGUUCGGCGCCCUUAGGUCUCUGCGCUUGAACUGGGACUACCAGCUAUUCGCCAAGUCAUCGAAGAAGCCGCGUUUGCAUUCGGUCGGCUUGCCUCCCGAGUUGGAGAUGCUGGAGUUCUUCAACGAGCUUGGUACCGAUGCAGAAGUCAACGAUCUCUUGCUGGCCUUGAUCGAGAGCAAGAGUAUCGUUGCAAGACACUGGAAGACGAUGGUGGUUGUCGAGGGCGAUGAAUCCAUUCUCAAGCAAGUCAAGGCCACCUGCAAAGAGAACGACUUGCGGUUAGACAUCAUCGGGGCUUUUGACGAAACAGAUUCUGACGAUGAUGAGGGCAUGGGUUCCAAGAGCGGGGACAGCGCGGACUCGGAAGGUGGUUCUGAAUAGACUGCUUAUUCCUAUAGACGACUAAUGAUACACAACGACCGGUACACGAAGACCUAGAUUAGAUCUGACAAUACAAGUCAUUCAUUCCGA